AAGGCAGGCUGGACCCUCAAUGUCAACAGUAAAGCUCACGAAAGCGGUUGAAUUUCUGCUAGUUCAGCUUUUUUAAUCCUGAAUUUUUCUGAUAGCUCUGUGUGGGAUUCCUGGCAGUAUGCAGAGGAGGAAAGUGGGUGGUAAUAUGUAUUUUUGUGUGGGUGUGCAAGUGACUGAGUUGUUGAAACAGCGGACAGAGAAAGAGGAGUUUGCCCUUUUAAAAACAAGAUUAUGUACACAGUGAUGUUGUCCUUGUAUGUUUGAGUUUAAAAGACAGUUUUAGCUGCCUGUGUUGCACUCUGGUGGGAGCCAUCAUGGAGAGAGCUGUGGUGCAAAUCACCCUUUUUGGGCUGCUGCUGGCUUCGGCCACCACACUACCAAACAAGGAUGACUGGGAUAUCUAUAGCUUUCACAUCAACUCAACAGUGACCAGUCGUUAUGCAACCACUGUCAUCACAAGCCGCGUGGCCAAUCGUGUGGACGACUCAAAGGAAGUAGAAUUUCAAGUCCGGAUUCCUAAGAACGCCUUCAUCAGUAAAUUCAGAAUGUUUAUAGAUGGCCAAGUCUACGAUGGUGUUGUGAAGGGCAAAGAGAAAGCUCAGCAGCAGUACACUGAAGCCGUGUCCCGUGGCGAAACUGCUGGGCUUGUCAGUUCUGUAGGAAGGACCCUGGAGGAAUUCAAGACCUCUGUGACCAUGGCUGCUCUCAAAAAGGUCACCUUUGAACUUACAUACGAGGAGCUGCUGAGACGCAGGCUUGGCAAGUACGACCUGCAGAUCCACGCUCGACCCAUGCAGCCUGUCAAAGACUUCAAGGUUGAUGUGUACAUUAAUGAGAAAGCAGGCAUCAAUUCCAUCAAGGUUAAGGGAGGACUAAGCACCAAAGCGCUGGCUAAUGCUAUCACCAAAACACAUGUGGACAAACAGGCGUGGGUGUAUUUCUACCCGACAGAGGACCAACAGAAAAUGUGUGACAGCUGUGGAGAGCAGGGUAUGAAUGGAGAUCUGGUUGUUGUUUAUGAUGUCAACAGGAACCCCUCACUGGGAGACAUCAAGAAAUCAGAUCGGUACUUCGUUCAUCACUUUGCUCCAUCUAAUCUUGCCAGCAUACCAAAAAAUGUUGUCUUCGUUAUUGAUCAAAGUGGCUCAAUGCACGGACGAAAAAUGCAACAGACCCGGAUAGCAUUGAUCCACAUCUUGAGUGACCUGGCAGAGGACGACCACUUUGGUCUUAUCACUUUUGAUAGCAGCAUUUUCCACUGGAAACGAGAACUUGUUCAGGCCAACAUGGAAAAUUUGGAGAGUGCCAAGAAAUUUUCACGCGAAAUUGUCGAAAGAGGAUCCACUGACAUUAACAAAGCAGUGUUGGAAGGAGCACGUAUGCUGAAUGCACAUCCCAGAGAAGGUUCAGCGUCUAUGCUUAUACUUCUCACCGAUGGAGACCCUACCUCAGGGGUGACAAAUCUGGAAGUCAUACAGUCAAAUGUCAGGGGGGCUAUCGCGGACAAAUUCCCACUCUACUGCCUUGGUUUUGGUUUUGAUGUCAAUUUUGAGUUCCUUGAGAAGAUGUCGCUGCAGAGCAAUGGUGUAGCACGACGGAUUUAUGAAGACUCGGAUGCUGACUUACAGCUGAAGGGUUUCUAUGAAGAGGUGGCCACUCCUCUGUUGACAGAUGUGACCAUGAUCUAUAAUGGUGGGACCAAUCUAACCCAGACUAACUUCAGCCAAUAUUAUAAUGGCUCUGAGAUUGUGGUGGCUGGUCAGAUCACCGACAACAACAUUGAAACCUUCACUCCACAAGUUGUCGCCAUUUCAAGCAACAGAAGGGUGAGGUUUUCUGACACAAAUGCUACCGUGGAGUCCAAUGGACCAGUGUCUGACAGCCACAUCCAGAGGGUUUGGGCCUACCUCACAGUCAAGCAGCUUCUGGAGAAAGAGCUGGUGUUAUCUGGACCUGAGAAGGAGAACGCGAAGAAAGAGGCCUUUGAGCUGUCGCUGAAGUACAGCUUUGUAACCCCACUCACAUCAAUGGUGGUCACCAAGCCUCAGGGGGAGAACACAGAUGUGCUCCAUAAACCCAAGGAAGGUGAAGCGACAGAGGGAAGGAGACAAUAUCAAAUGGGUCGCCAACCGAUGUUUAAUCAGAACACUCAACGGAUAACCUCCGGUCUUACUCGUAAGCAACGCAAAUGGGGAAAAAACAAACACAAAACAAACACAGGACAGUCUUACCCUAUGCCAGCACCUCCUGGUAUACCAGCACGCAGUGUACCAGGAGUCUUCUACAGCCCAGUUGAUACAGGACUUCGUCGUAGUCAUGAUCCAGUUACUUUACCAGGAGUCUUCUACAGCCCAGUUGAUACAGCUGAUCGGGAUUUCCAAAUAGGAACUGUCGAUUACGACAGCCGAAUACUCCCCUCUAUUGUGUCACCCAUUGCAACUGAUGUUCCUCUUUCUCACAGAUUUUUGCUAAAAACUGAGAAUCUGUCUCUUCCACUGUGCUUUGAUGUCACUGGAGAUGUUCGCCUUAAACUACUUCAUCAUCCCAACAGGGAGCUGUCUGUGAACGGUGAGCUUGAUUCAGUAGAGAAUGGAGGCUUCAGAAGGAUUGUCAUCCACUUGAAGAAUGACCUGCAUGUUGAGAUCGACCCCAAAGAAAUCACUGUACGAGAGGGACAGACACUGACACGCCACGUUGGACCGGAUCCCAUCACAGCUGGAAGUUUGGCAGCGAUUAGACAGGACAAGGAAAUAGACGUUGCAGCUGGGGACACACGCAUGAUCAUCAUAAUUCAUGAGCAGAAUGGAGAAGAAUUCCUCUGGCCGGUUUUGAGACAGCGACCAUUGGACAACAACGUUUCUGGGAUUUUAGCUCUAAAGCCAGCAGUUUAUGAGGAGGUGCAACAAAGUCCCCCAACAAGACUUAAGAUCAAAGACCAGGAGAUUGACGUUACCAGGGCCAGUGCUGUUGACUACAGUACCGUCUCUCCGCCCACACAUCACUGCUGGCUCAUGUCUGCUGAGUCUGCCCUGCAGAGCCACCUGGAUGAUUUCAUCAUCUUACAACUUUAACUGGGAACCAUGUUGAAUCACUUGUAGAGAUUUUAUUUGAAAUAGAAAUGAGUAUAACACAAACUAAGUCAUCAUGGAAAAAGACUUUCACCAGUUACUAACAUGAACCAAUAAACUAUUUCCCAGAUC